UCUAGAAGCAAAAAAUUUUCAAAAAUUAAAAUUACAAUUUUAAAGCAAAGGUAAUGCCUUUUUGUAAUCGCGUAACUUUUUUUGCUACUGCCAAAUUUGAAUUGUGUGUACUCAUCGUGUUCCCUAAGUCAUUUUGAACAUCUUAGAAACAAAUAAAAUUAAAAUUACGAAUUUUGAAGUUAAGGGACCAAGUGGUUUUGUCAUUGCCAAAAUUGGAAUGUGUGUAUUAGUCGUGUCACAAAGAAUAUUUUACAUAUUCUAGAAGCAAAAAAUUUUCAAAAAUUAAGAUUACAAUUUUAUGCGUUUUUGCAAUCGCGUAUUUUUUUUUGCUAUUACCAAAUUUGCUAGACCUGAAAGUGUUAAUUCUUGUUUUACUUAUUAAAUUGUUACAUCGAAAUUUGACUAUAAUUGAAAUAUUCCUUGAUUUUUUUGUAAUAAUAAAACAAAAAACAAAAAAUGUCAAAUAUAAAUUAUUUGACAUUGAAUUUUGGUGAUGUAAAAAUUCGCGUGUAAAUUUCUCAGUUCGGGUGGGAAGGGAACAAAGAGUGUAAGAAUAAAAACUCGGGAAUUAAAUUUUAGUGAAUCACCAUGCCUAGAAUUACAUUCUCCACCGGAUUUUCCGGGUUAUCAAGAUUAUCGAACUCCUCGUGUUUGUCUUUUAUGAAAUUUAAAAACCCCACGGGCGUUUUUCGGAGAAGAAGCAUGAUGGAGACUUUUUGUAAUCUAGCUGCAACUUAUUAUUUUAUAAUUGACGCAAUUUUAUUUGGUUUCUUUUCGUAUAACGCAUAUUACAAUCGAGACAAAGUAGUUUGGUUAAAAUCACAAUUCGGAUUACAAUUUGGCGUAACUUUAGGUUUGCGGAUGUAUUUGGUGCCGUUAAUUCUCUCUUUGUUUUUAUUAACAAGCGAUAUUUUUUUGAUUAUUGGAUUAAUGAUGGAAAAAUCUAAAUAUAUUUGGCCAUCGAUUUUAAUUCACGCUGGGAAAUGUCUUCUUACCACAACUGCCUUGAUCAUUCUUCAUUUACAUUUGCCCCAAAUCAAUACUGUUUUAACGACAGCUUUAGGAUCAUCAAUCCCAAUAAUAACUGUUAUGAAUGUUGCUUGUGGUAUUCUCACCCUGGAAAUUGUGUUAUGGUUGGUGACAUUUUCACAAUUUAAACGAAUAUCUAAGAAUGAAGAAUGAAAUAAAUCGUGUUUUUUGCUUUUUAUUGUUGAAUUGGUUAAUAAACAAAUUUUAAAUUAA